GAAGCAAAAAAUGUCAGAAAGUAGAGGAAGUGAAAAUUUACGACGAAAAAUAUUUUUCCUCCAUUGCAUAGAGAAUAUCGAUAAAUAAAAUAGUAAAAUUGUAAUUUCUUGCAAAGUAUUUCUCAAAAUUAUAAUCAAUUUACAUUUCAAAAAGUUUUGCUGCAUAAAAUAACAAUAGUAAAUAGUAAAAAUAACUUGUAUCUAUGAAGUGACACAAAAACAGCAUUAAAACGAAAGGAACUGUAAUAACAGCAACAAAGAAAAGGGAGCUAAGCAAAACGUAGCGAAGCGCCACUUCACCAAUUGCGAAUAUAACUAAAUACAGUCACAAAUGAAAUAUAUAUAAAUUUCUGUGAAAAAAAAAAUAUUAAGUAAAUAGCGAAAUCAUUAAUAUUAAAGCACAGAAAAAUUUAGUUUGUGUGUGUGCAAUUUAACUCAUAUUGAAAAUAUAAAAUGAAUCGAAGUGAUGGUUUGGUGAGACGAGCCGUCAAAACCCGGGACAAUGGAGCUGAAGGUGGUGCCUCUGGUCUAAACGCUAACACAUCGGAUGACGAUAAUUCAUUGAAUAAUAGUAAUAGAGAUCAAGAGGACAAUAUCGAUGAUGGUGAUUCAAAACAGACACGUCUAACACUCAUGGAAGAAGUACUGCUUUUGGGCCUAAAAGACAAAGAGGGUUACACAUCCUUCUGGAAUGAUUGCAUAUCGAGUGGCCUACGUGGCUGCAUACUUAUUGAGCUUGGUUUGCGUGGACGUGUCAUGAUGGAGAAGACGGGUAUGCGUCGACGCGGCCUGUGUUCCAGAAAGCUCGUUUUAAAAUCGGAUCAGCCGACCGGCGAUGUACUGCUCGACGAGGCGCUCAAACAUAUUAAAGAAACAGAUCCACCAGAGACCGUACAAAGUUGGAUUGAAUAUUUGAGUGGCGAAACUUGGAAUCCGCUAAAAUUAAGAUAUCAAUUGAAAAAUGUACGCGAACGUUUGGCUAAGAAUUUGGUGGAGAAAGGUGUGCUGACGACAGAAAAACAAAAUUUUCUACUUUUCGAUAUGACAACACAUCCGCUAAGCGAUAAUGUGGUGAAAUGUCGUUUAGUGAAAAAGAUACAAGAUGCCGUACUUUCCAAAUGGAUAAACGAUCCACAACGCAUGGAUCGACGUAUAUUGGCCUUAAUAUGUUUGGCGCAUGCUAGUGAUGUAAUUGAGAAUGCAUUUGCGCCGUUAAAUGAUGACGAUUACGAAUUGGCUAUGAAACGUGUACGGGAAUUAUUGGAUUUGGAUUUUGAAGCGGAAGCGGCCAAACCAAAUGCUAAUGAAAUUCUUUGGGCAGUAUUUAUGGCUUUCAGUAAAUAAGAUCCUCUUUAUAAUUAUAUGUUGUAAUUACUAUUAUUAUUAUUAAAAUGGGAUUGUAUGAUAAGCCAAAACUGCGCUAAUCUGCCAAUGCCACCUUUAUACGUACAUUUAAAAAAAAAAGAAAUG